CACAAAAAGAUGGAGAACUCCAUGAGAUUAGGAUUGAUGGCUGUGGUUGCUGUAUCUGGAAGCAUGGCCUUCUUGGUUCAUCAAGUCCAUAAACGUAUACUAUCUAACUUCAUGGAGAAAUUUGAGUGUGAAAUGGGUGGCGUCUUAUACGCACAUGGCCAAAAGAAUUUGUGUGGAUCAGAGAAACAUCAAGCAAAGAAGAAGGUGCGGUUUGCAAAAGAAGCAUUGGGAAACAAUAAUUGUCGUAAAGGUGAUAGAAUGGUUAAGAUAAGGGUGCAACGGAUCAAGGCUGAGGAAAUUUUGGUGAUCAAGAAUGUUCAGAAAUGGAGGCAUGGGCCGAAAUUAGAGGACAUGAUGCCUCCUAACAGGGCAGUUCUAUACAGGGGAAUUAUGAAACAUAGGAAUAGGAGUAUUUAUGGGAGACUUCGAUUUUAGGUUUUUUUUUUCAGAAAAAAUAAAAACGUCUUAGUUAUGGCUCCUUUGAUGUCUUUACACAGAGACCCAUUAAAUUUUCAUAAUAUAACAGCAUUUUAUAGUUGUUGUUUA